AUGGAUAGGUACAACUUGAAACAACUCCGCGAAGAUGACAACAAGAGAAUUACGAUUGUUGGAAUCACAAAUACUGUAGGAGUCGCUCAGAAGUUCGCCCAGAAGUUGCCAAAUGAGAUCAGAACAAGCUGGAGCGGGUUCUGCGAAGCCAUGAAAGCCGAGUAUGCCAUCGAGUCACCCUUUCUCUGGCUUGAUCAAUACCAAGUAACCACCACCCCGAUCUACCACAAUGGCGACGAGACGAUCAGUGAACCGAGUGGAAACAAACGUCCCAGGGAGAGUGAACCACCAGCACCAAAGAGGAAGAAGAGGAAAACAUUGGCAGAUGUGUUCGCUGAUGCUGUCGAGGCACUCAAAAACGAUCCAGUGUACGGAUCCGAGACUCGCCCACCCGGUGUGGUAAUGAUGGAAGAAUUAGCUGCUCGCGAAGCUAAGGAGAGUGCAGGAGGUUACGAGGCAGAGGAAGCGGCUAGGAAGAUUGCAGAAUUCGCAAUUCAGGAUUCCAGGGCAUCAGAAGGCGAAGCUGCACAACCGGAGGAUGAAGCAUUUGGGAAGCGUUAG